AUGUCUCCGCUUCAGCGAACCCACAAGCUGUUCAGCACAUUGGCCAUCGUCGGGCAAUUUCAUGUUGCGGCCGCACAGCUUCGAAAUGAUGUAUCGCGUGAGAUCUACAAUCUCCAGAAUACCACACCAAAUGCCGAGUCAGCGCUUCCAACCCAGAUGACCAUGAAUGACAGUACCACCGAGGCUGUUUAUACACCAGAGCCAAUCUAUACCACAGAAUACGCCUCAGGCUCAUGUCUGGCCCCAACCACCACACGUUCCAUUCACAGCAUAGUCAUUCCCUCUCCAGGGGCUUCGCCGAUAGAGAUUACAGCCCAAAGCCAGGUCGUCACAUCAUACAUUCCUGAGAUGACCUGGUGCGUUGCGCCCGCAAUGGCUGUCUGGCCAAUCACGAACGGCCCACCAUAUCUGAAUUCCUCAACGACCGAGUACUCUACGUCUUAUGAAGGCACUGGAAGAUGCGAGACCGUAUUUGCGCCCAUUCAAACGACCGUUUGUGCGACCACCCUCACAGGAAUAGGGUCCAAGAUUUCGGUUACAGACUGUGAACAGCAAGUCACAUUCUCGACCGAGUGCGGAUUCUCACUGGAAAGACCAACGCCAACCCCCGCAACCACAGGGUUCUCUUCACUGAUAACGCCAGCGCCGAGUGUGAGGCGUUUGUUUACUUACUAUCUUGCUCCAUGGCAAGCGUUGACAGCAGGUGACACACCUUCAGAUGUCGAUGUGAAGAUUUGUACCGAGCAAGACAAUGGCACCCAGGAAUGUGUGCGCUACCAAGAAGUGUGGGAGGUCGUGAUUGUCACCUCGACUCGAACAACAGAGCGUACCAUUCAGGUCUCUACUACAGUCUCGGGGCCCGGCACUCUGAUAGUGGAGACCAUGACGUCCACUGUUACUGAUACCAUUGAAAGUAUCGAUCUUUCCACAGUGCUCCAGCUUGAGACUGAAGUUGAGACGGAGAGCAUAAGCUCGGGGAGAAAGCCGACUGCAACUGUGAGAAGCACGCAGGAGGUCACAACGACGAUAUACGUUACCAGGCAUUUAAAGCAUGCAUCUUCAGACACCUCUGAGCCGACCCCCGAGCUCACGACUGAGCUUCCUACGGAGCCAACUCCCGAGGGAACAAGUACUGUCUGGGUGACCUCAACUUCGACUACACAUGUUACGGGGACCAUAACGAUGAAACGGCCUCGGCCAGCACCGCGCAUGGCGGAGUUUGUUCCCUAUUAA